ACCAGAUAUAGCUACAGCAAAUUAUACUUUCCCCGAAAAUUUAGACUUUUGACUUGAUUAAGUAUGAAAUUGCUUUAUAAUUUUUACUGGCUUUUGGUUCUAAAAUACCAAUAGAAAGCUCUCUGCAAGAAGCCUAAUAGGUCACGUGCGUUCGAAUGAUUUGCGGUAGUUUUAAUUUCAGUUCACUGGAGUCGUCUAAUGAAUGGCAGAAACUCUAUAGGCAUAAAUUUGAGUCUCUACAUAUGAGCCAACAUUUAUCUCAAGAACCAAACCAAUUGAUGUAAGACAGUAGACUGGUAUGAGAGCUCACAUUCUGCUGGCUUAAUUUCGUGCAGUUCUGCGAUCAAAAUUUCGUACAAGCGCUACACCAUUUCAUCAGAAUGACCAACGAAAAGUCUCUCGAAACAUCGGCCCCGGAGAAACUCAAGGGGUUUGAAUGGUGGAGAAGAUCUUUAGCCUAUAGAACGGGGCUAGGCGUGGACGAAAAGGAGGCAGCCCAAUUUGAACACGACUAUAAAGCGAAAUACUAUCCCGCCAACUGCGAGACGUGCGAGAAGAACAGAGAUUGGGUUCUUCAAUACUCUCCGUCGGUGACGUUUAUGAUGGAUCAUGUUCGUAAGCUUGGAGGAAAUUUGAGUCGUAAAAACAUCAUAUGUGACGCAUGUGACGAAGCCAAAGGUGGAGGUUUUCACCCGGAAAUGGGUAUUCUUCUAUGCUCUAACUGGCUACAGGAUACGGAUCUGAUAGAGGAUGUUUUGACCCACGAACUAGUUCACGCGUACGAUCACUUGAAGUUUAACGUUGACCUAACCAACUUGAGGCAUCAUGCCUGUACCGAGAUCCGGGCUUCGAUGUUGAGUGGUGAAUGUCGGAUCAUGAAAGAGAUUCAAAGAACUGGGCUUGGAAACUUCGGAGGAAAAUUUCAACAGUGUGUCAAGCGUAGAGCAGUACUCUCGGUAUCUGCUAAUCCAAAGUGCCAAAGUAAAGAAGAGGCAGAGAAUGUUGUGAAUUUAGUGUGGAGCUCAUGCUUCAAUGACACCAGGCCUUUUGAAAGAGUAUAUAGAUGAAAUUGUGAAUUCUCCAAAUAUGUGAAAUCUCCCAAAAACCCAGCAAUGCAAAGAAAACUCGUCUCAAAUUGCUAAUGAAUGACAUACACUAGCUAUAAUAUUAGCUCACUAUACAAAAAAAAUCAUGAAAGCAGAAAAUUUGGUGUCCAGAAAUAUAUGCGAUUUGCAGUUCAUACCUCAAGAGAAUGAUAAAUUGUUCUGUACUUUAUGUGACGCCUUUAGAAAAAAUUAAUUCUCGAC